AGCACCCUAGCAUCUGAGGGAAUCAGGAAAGCGGCCUGUGAAGCUGAAGGGUCUAUGAAGGAUAGGUGAGGAGUGACGACAUCCCGGCUAGGGGCAUUGCCCAGACAGAUGAUGGAGGUUGAGGACAGAAGGCAUAUGUGGGGAACUGGAAGGGGGCCAGGCGGGCUGUAAUAGGAGGAAUGUCAAAUCAGUCUGGAAAGAGGGAUUGGAGCUAGCCAAGGACUCUGCCAUAAAGAACCUUAAAUGCCAGAGAACCUUGUGUCUUAUCCUAAAGGCAAUCAGGAGUCACUGAAUCAGGGGAGUGGCGCAGCUGCUUCUGUGCUUUAGAUAUUUCAGGUUGGCAGUUUGGGCACUGGAUGGCUCAGUAGGUGGAGCACUGGGUCUGGAGUCAGGAAGACCUGAGUUCGAGUCCAGCCUCUGACACUAGCUCUGUGAUCCUGGGCCAGUCACUUGUCCUGCCUCAGUUUCUCCAUCUAUAAAAUGGGGAUAGUACUAUCUAUUAGUAAAGUGCUCUACAAAUCUUUGAGUGUUAUAUAAAUGCUGGCUUUUCCUGUGAGGAAGAUGGGUGAGGAUGGGGGCCAGGGAAGGCUAGAGGUUGAAGGGUUAGGGUUAUGUACAAACCUGGAGCCCAGAAGCGGUUGGCUCUGCCCCUUCAGUUAAUAAUUUCUUCCUUACUCCACAGGCUGUGACUCUGGCUUCGGGAAGGAGACAGCCAAAAGGCUAGAUGCCAUGGGCUUCACUGUGCUGGCCACCGUUCUGGAGCCAGAGGGCAAAGGGGCCCAGGAGCUGAGGGCCUCUUGCUCCUCCCGACUAACCCUAUUGCAGAUGGACCUGACCAAACCUGGGGACAUCAGUCGUGCCCUGGAGCUCACCAAGAGCCAGACUGCCAACUCCGGGCUUUGGGGACUAGUGAACAACGCAGGCUACAACGAAAUAGUGGCCGACGUGGAGCUGUCCCCAGUGGCCACCUUCCGCAGCUGCAUGGAGAUAAAUUUCUUCGGGGCUCUGGAGCUGACCAAGGGGCUGCUGCCGCUGCUGCGGCGCUCCCGAGGCCGAAUCGUCACCGUGGGCAGCCCGGCAGGAGACAUGCCGUAUCCUUGCCUGGCAGCCUACGGGGCCUCCAAGGCGGCCGUGGCUCUGCUCAUGGACACGUUCCGCAGCGAGCUCCUCCCCUGGGGGGUGAAGGUCAGCGUCAUCCAGCCGGGCUGCUUCAAGACAGCGCCCAUGGAGGACCCCGGCCUGUGGGAGCAGCGGAAGCGGCUGCUGGUGGCCAGCCUGCCCGGGGAGCUGCUGCAGGCCUACGGAGAGGACUACAUCGAGCACACGCACGGCCAGUUUCUGCGCACCCUGCGCCUAGCCGUGCCAGACCUGAGCCCAGUGGUGGAGGCCAUCACGGACGCGCUGCUGGCGGCUCGGCCCCACCGCCGCUACUACCCGGGCCGCGGCCUGGCGCUCAUGUACUUCAUUCACAACUACCUGCCCGAGGGGCUGCGGCGCCGCUUCCUGCAGGAGUUCUUUAUCAACCACCAGCUGCCGCGGGCCCUGCGCUGCCCGGCCCCGAACCAGAGUCAGCCCACCUCCCAGUGAAGCCUGCCUGCCGGACACAGCGGCCCGGGGCCUCCCGCUGGGGAACCACCUGCCCAGACACGGCAGGGGUGGGGGUGGGGGCGGUCAAGGGAGAGGGCGGCGGACUUGGGCGUCAGAUCUGGGUUCGAAUCUCAGCUUUGCUCCUGACUACUGUGUGACCUUGGGCAAAUCCUCCCUCUAAGCGUUUCCUUCUGCUAGAGGAGAUGGUUUGGAUGAAGCGAUCAGACUCGGAGCCCUUUGAUCUCCUGGCUCAGCACGGUGGGCAGGGGGGCAAAUCCAGACGUUGCCUUUUCAUCCACUGAGUGGACAGAACCUUCCAUGUCAGCGGGGUCUCUAGAGCCUUCUCUCCCUCCAGAGCCCCGGGGAGAACUGUUGGGGGCUGCCAGGCCCCGAAUAGCGCCCUGAAGGGGCCAUUCCGGUGGCUGGGAUCUGAAGGGUUCAUCCCAACCCCUUCUUGGCUGGCUCAAGAGUUAAGCUGCAGGCUCGGCUGUCUCCUCUCUCCAUCACUUACCUGUCACUUUUCAAUACAGAAGUAAACUGGAAUUUUUAUUUCUCCUACCA